CUGAACUGAACGGGGAAACCGAAAGUCUCCUUUUGUGGGGAAUUGAGCAAUACUGAAAUCGUGUUCACUAAAUCCUGAAGGAAACUCUUUUGUUGGGAAUUGAGCAAUACUGAAAUCGUGUUCACUGAAUCCUGAAGCUCAACAGAGAAGGAAAAUGUAUUUGGAUAUCAGUACAUGGGAGCAGACGUUUCAAUCACUGAUCCAGCAGGAAGAACCCUGGGCCAAAUGGACCCUGAAGUUGGAUGAGAACAUUCAGCCGGGUGGCAUGGCCCGAGGGUGGAGGCAGUACCUGCAGAGAGCAUUUGGCAGAGAAUAUUGCUCUGAAGACAUGCCUGGAGAAUUCACUUGUGGCCUGGUUAUGUUUUAUAACUUGGUACAAACCAUUGUCUCUUCUUGGACCUCAGAUUCUCCAUCUAAAAAAUUGGUUAAGAACCGAAGGAGACAAUUUCUUGAUGGAAAAAUUUUACCAAGGGGCUUGCCUACACAAUGA